AUGAAGGUCUCCCAGUACUUUGCCUCGAUUUUUGUCCUUUCAGCGGGGUUGAGCAUGGCUGCACCCACCGACAGCCUUCAGACGAGACAAGAUCGUCCUCCGGCCCCAGGUUUCAAGAUGCUGGUCAAGGACUCCGCCGGCACCCAAAUUCAGAAGAGACAGGAUCGCCCACCUCCUCCGGACAAAGUGGAUGAGGUCGAGAAGAGACAAGAUCGUCCACCUCCUCCAGAUAAGGCGGACGAGGUCGAAAAGUGA